AUGGGAUUCAACAAGAAACUCGUCGUAGCAGGUCUAGCAGUCGGUGUUACAGCCUACAUGCUUUAUAAAGCCUCUAAGAAACAUCAACAACAACAACAACAACAACAACAACAACAACAACAACAACUCGCUCACGCAUCCCCUUGCCACCACCAACAGUCUUACUCGGCCGCACCCAUGUCUUCGUCUGGCUCCAACUCUCAUGCCUCUUCCUGGGCUGGUGCUGCUGUCGGUGGAGCUGCAUAUGCUCACCACCAUCACCAACAGCAGCUUGCACAUCCUAAUCCUGACGCCAACUCGGUUGUUGCUGCAGCGAACAACCCCAACCUUGGAUGGGAUUCGCUUCGUGAUUGGAAGCAUAUCGCCAACUUGCUUGCGACGUGUGUCAUGGAUCAGUAUCUGUAUGCCUUCUAUAGGUUUGCUGAUGUAGCGAGGAUCGCUCAGGAUAUUGCUAGUUCCGGUGCACUGGCACAGUGUGCGGAUAGUUGGCAGUUGCCUCCGUAUCUCGCCCAGGAUUUGGUCAAACUGGCGUUGUUCGAUGUGAUGUUUUUGCUGGAUGACUCGGCGAGUAUGCGAUCCGAGGGUACACGUCGACGAGACGCUCUUGCAGGCAUUCUCAAGAGAGCAGCGGACGCAGCAGCAAGGUUCGACCCGGACGGAAUGGAAGCUGCUUGGAUGAACUCGUCUGUUCAAACGCGCAUUCAUAAUGUCGCCGAAGCAGACCAACUCACCUCGCAAUGCGCUUACGACGGUCGAGCAACCCCGAUGGGCGCUUCACUCGAGAGCAAAAUCAUCCAGCCUCUCGUCCUCACCCCUGCCACCCAAGAUAGACUUUCAAAACCAGCUUUCGUACUCGUCAUCACCGAUGGUCGACCCACAGGCCAGACCGAAAGGGGAGAAAAAAUCGUCAAAGUUCUCCAACACGCCAAACGUACGCUCGCCUCCACCCGUUACGGAGAAGAUGCGAUCUCAUUCCAGAUUGCAGCUGUUGGCAACGAUCGUGAAGCCCAAGAAUGGCUCGAUGGCAUCGACAACGAUCCCAACGUAGGAGACUUGAUCGAUGUUUGUUCUGAUAUCGCCGUCGAGUCUCAUCAAGUCCAGAAGAGCACUGGCGUGGAGCUCACCCAGGAACUCUACUGUCUCAAGCUUUUGCUCGGUCCCAUCGAUACGAGUUACGAUGCUAGUGACGAAGAUGCCAAAGAAACUCGCUUCAAUGUUAAAGCUAGGAGGAGGGCGGAGAAGAAGCAAUUGGACAAGAUGGAAAAGGAGAAUAGGUUUAGAGGUCAAAUGGAAGCAUUCAAGAGGGAGAGGGAUGCGGCUUUGCAAGGAGCAAGUCCCUUGCCUAGUGCUGGUGGUGCGCUGCCUCCGCAACAGGUGGAUGAGGGGUUGAGCGGGUAUAGUCAUCAGCCUUCUUAUCCCGGGUCGCAAGUGCAGGCGCAAGGUGGAUAUCCGGGUUCGGGUGGAGGAUAUCCGGUACCAGGUGGGUAUCAGCCAUAUGGGGCCAACUCUUGGGCUGCUCCCCCUCCCUAUGCUAACCCGUAUGGAACGGCACCACAGCCAGGAUACGGGCAGAGAGAUGCUACUGCUGAUGGAGGAGGAUCGAGUUACGCUUCUCCUCCCUCCGUAGCUCCUCCCCCCGUAGUUCCUCCCCCUGGAGCUCCUUCUGCAGGUGGUGGUGAUGGUGCGUUUGUUCCUGGUGCGGGUGGAUUCGCUAUGCCUAACCCACACGUCAGUGGCGGUGAACAAAUGUAUGGACGGCAGCAGCAACCUGGCGGUGCGCCAUUUGCGUUCCCGCAGGCUCGACCUUCGGCUUAG